CGCGUUAUCGGACGCUCGUGACAGUCAGCUGAUACUGAGCUGUUCGUCUCUUAUAAUCUCCUUUCGCGUUCACUCUUAUUUACCCUAUACCUGUUUUAAACACACAUGUAGCAUAUUUAUAAAGACGUGAAUAUUAUACAUUCUCUUCUGCGUGUCUACUAAUUGUAUGUAAGUUUUUUAAGAGUGUUGUAAAGAUGUCUGGACCGAACGGAGAUCCUGAUGUUUCAGUUGAUGAUGGAAUUAUUGAAGAUGAAGAUGAAUUCAACGAAGAAGAAUACGCAGCGAUCGACUCCAUGCUGGAUCAGAUCAACUCCUGUCUGGACGACAUCGAGGAGAGGAACGAGGCUCUGAACGGGAAACUGCACGAGCUGUUGGAGUCCAACAGACAGGCUCGGAGAGAGUUCAGAGAACAGCUUCCUCCUCCUCCUCCUCUUCCUCCUGAUGAAGAGUCAGAGUCCACCGGAGACUAGAGGAACACGUCUCAGUGCACCACUAGUGUAGAACAUGUGUCGACUGUCUAAACUGUGUUGUAUUAGAUUAAAGCCUCGAAUAGCUUAUUUCUUUCAUAUGAAUAUGUGACAGAGUUAUUUUAGUCAACUAUAAGUAUGCAACAAUACAGUUAGUAUUUAGUUAAAACAGGAUGGAUUGGCCGUUAUUAUCCUGGACACCAGAGGGCGCCCUCGCGCAGAAAAUCUACCCAUGCAUCACAGAAGUAAUAGAACUGAAGAUGUUCCAGAUAUAGUUGGCAAUAAAUUUCUUUCAGAUUCUGAUAAAGACAAUCGCUAUCAUUGUACCUGAAUAAAAAGAAGAUAAGUUA